UUUUUUAUCUAUGAAAAAGCGCAAAGUUGGAGUUUGCAUCAAAUAUAAUUUUAUAAGUUUUCAAAAAUAAUUAAGGUUGUAGUAUUUAAUAAACAAAUUAUACGAUAACUGUAUAAUGCUCAUUUAUUUGUAGCCAUAGAAAUGGCUACGACAAUCAUGAAAGUAGAAUACGAGAAUGAGACGUGUGCUAUAUGCGGUUCCGCCGGUGAUCUGCUUAGCCCUGAUGAACACGAUGCUGGGGCUCCUCCUCUGCAAGUGCCUUUAAGGUCUAUGUUACUCCAGCUUAACAGCCAUAAGGUUGUUCCGGAAGGUAAACUUUGUAUUGAAUGCAUUCGACGUGCUAUAGAAUCUUAUGAGUUUAGUACAGCUCUGAAUGCAAAAGGUGCACCUCCAUUAAGUGAAAAGAUUCGAGCACUCAGACGCAAAUUGCACGAAUUGACACAGAAGAUUGAUGUGUUUAUUGUUGUUGGUGGUCCGGGUGUAAACUCCGGUGGUACAUAUAGUGAGGAUGACAUUAUAAUGGUAGAGAAAGAUGCACUGGCAGCGGCCGCAGCUGCUGAUGAUGAAGACCUGGAGCAAGCCAGGAAUGCUUGUGGUGAAACUGUUUAUCAAUGCUCUGUUUGUCCAUUAUCAUUCCAGCGUGCAAGUGAGUACCGCACCCACAUCUCACAACAUCCUGGUGGUGCACGCCACUCAUGCUGGACGUGCGGCGCGCAGUUCGCAACCCGUGCUUCACUCACUGAGCAUUCUGCUAUGCAUGCAGCCCCGGACAUUACUAGCUCUACAUGCCGUUUGUGUCACUCUAAUUUCCAGAGUGCAUCGGAGCUCCGUCGUCACGAAGCUACGUGCGAGGCGAGGUGUCCACUAUGCAAUGUGACUUGUUCUUCCCGCGCCGCGUUAUCUGCGCACGCGCAGGCCGCGCAUACGACACCUCCGCUGCUCUGUGGGGCAUGCUUCCGUACAUUCAACACGCGGGAACUGCUCGCUGCGCAUAGACUAAGGCAUAGACAUGCUGAUCGAUUUGUCUGUGGUUAUGAUUCUUGUAUACUGCGCUUUGCUACCAGGAAUGACUUGUUGUCGCACAUCCGAAAAUGCCACAGCAGCGGGGCGGAGUCUGAGGCGGAGCCCGAGCCGCCGGCGCAAAAGCCCGAGCGCAGUACCACUGUCUCGACACCAUGUCCACACUGCCCGCGCACGUUCGCGUCAGUGGCGGCCAUGAAGCGACAUAUCCGUGUUCAUCGCAAUCAUCAUGCUGAACAAGAGGGUGCGGAAUGGCAGACAGAGGGGGAAGGUGAAGGAGAUUUGGACGGCACUGGAGGGGAAGUGGAAUAUCUGGAGAUGGACGCUCUGGAUGAUAUGGAUUAUGACGAUGAUAAUGAUAUGGGUUUAAAUUGAAACCAUCAAAUGCCCCUAUGAUUUAGUGUUAAAGUUGCAACAAUCCAAAUGGUAAAUUUUAUUUUGUAGAAGUAUUGUUUAAUUGUUUCAAAUGCGGUAAAACAUGUGACUACAGUGGAAAGCCACUGUAUAAAUAUAUGUUACUAAUGUUGAGAGUUAUGCAUAUUAUUAGCUAAGUUUAUUUUUUACAUAAUGUCUAGUUUACAUUAAUCCAGUACAGUAGCGAUGGCACGACAUGGCACUGGCAGUUAGUGUGUUCAUUAAGCCAGGUGAUUUGGAAUACUGUCCUACUGUAUUAAGAUAAUAUGCCCUCAACGUUCACAGGAAGAUCAUAAGCGUUAGUGAAAACUGUCGCGAAAUGGAUGUGGCAACAUUUAGAAAUACAAAAUAAAAAAGUUUAAAAAAAAUGGUGGAUGAGUCGCUUUUGUUCUUGUGACUUUACAUCCCACAGUUCACGGAGAUUCGCCCUAUUGUGGAGUCAUCGUAAGUUAAUUUAGCACAAGACAUAUUUUUGUUAUAAAAUAAAGUAAUAAAAUUAUACCUAUGA